AUGAAGGUUUUCCACGCGGUAAAUGAAAUAGUGGAGUGGCGAAAAGCCCAGGUAGGAGUUUUCCACAAGAAAAUCGGGUUUGUGCCGACCAUGGGGUGUCUUCACGAGGGCCAUUUGGAAUUGGUGAGAAAAUGUAAAACAAACAACGACGUGACAGUGGUGUCGAUUUUCGUAAAUCCGUCGCAAUUUGCGCCAACAGAGGAUUUGGAUAAGUACCCACGGACCCUCGAGCAGGACCUGUCGGUUUUGGAAGCGGCGGGCGUCGAUGCCUGUUUCGCGCCGUCGCCAAGAGAAAUGUAUCCACAAGGAAUUUCGCUGGAAAUCGACCAGCAACGGGGCCCUUUCGUCACGGUACUCGGCGUGAGCGAGCAAUUGGAAGGGCGCACCAGACCCAAUUUUUUCCGCGGCGUGGCCACGGUCGUCACGAAACUGUUGAACAUCGUGUCGCCCGCUGUCGCGUAUUUUGGCCAGAAGGACAUCCAGCAAUUUAUUGUGCUCAAGGUCAUGACCGAAGAGCUAUUCAUGAAUACCCAGAUCGAAAUGCUGCCCAUUGUGCGCGACGCCCGAGGUUUGGCCCUCAGCAGCCGCAACCGGUAUCUCUGUGACGAAUCGCGUGCUGUUUCGACCGCGAUCUACCGCGGACUGAACGCCGCGGCUGCUAAAGUCGCAGAAGCAGCACAGACCGACGGCCAGAUCGAGCGGGAAACCGUGAUACAGGCCGCAAUGGCAUGCUGGCAACCGCUCGUCGAAUCACGUGACUUCCACAUUGAUUACGUUUCUGUUGCAGAAGGCAACAACCUGACAGAAAUGGACCCAGUCACGACACAAGCCGCCGACGUGGUGAUCAGCUGUGCGAUCUUCGUGACUGACCGACACGAUCCCGCGACUGUGGUGCGUCUGAUAGACAACGUGAUUGUGCCACGAUGUAUGUGA